GAAAUGGCUAGACAACGGAGAGGUCGACUGGCUUGAGUUUUCGUGUAUUUAUCUCAUGUUUUCCUCGUGGUUUUUCAAUGUUACACAUUUUGCUUCUACUACGUCUCCUCCUGUCGUGUAGACAAAUCCAAGCACAAGAUGGAAGUUCAGCGAAGCACCUUGGAGAUACAGCAACUUUACCCUGCAAACAGCCCGACACCAGUGAUGCCCUCACUCAGAUCUCAUGGCAGAGGAUAACGAGAGGGAAACCCAAUGGUGACAAUUUCUACACAAUUGACGCCAAAGGACCUAAUUUUAUAAAUGGAGACGAUAACCGCUUUACAUUUGUUGGGGAUUUCCGUGGCAAAGAUGGAACACUCCAAUUAUCCAGUGUAACACUGAUGGAUGAAGGAACCUACACAUGCAUCAUCACUUUGUUUCCCAGUGGAAAUCAGAGACAAGUAGUACCUCUUAGAUUGCUUGUGCCUCCAUCCACAAGCCUGGAGAAUAAUCCAGUUAUUUUGGGAGAUGAAGAAGUUCUUAUUGCAAACUGCACAGCGGCAGGUUCCAAACCACCUGCUGAUGUGAAGUGGAAGACCAACACUUUGGGCCAAAAACUGAGAGUGACGAACAGCUCCACUCAGCAUGAGAACGGGACGACCACCACAGUGAGCUCACUGUUUGGAAAACCUACCAGAGAAAUCAACGGUGGUUUGGUCCAGUGUGUCGUCACUGCUGAAGCCCUGAGAGAAGAAAGAACACUGCCCUUAAAAAUACAGGUCCACUUUUCACCUACUGAAGUGAUCAUUAGUGAAACCGGCAAGGAUUCAUUUGAAUGCAAGUCUGAAGCCAACCCGAAUGCCACCAUCACCUGGAGCAGGACUUGUACCAGGACUAUCAGGACCAGGACCACGACACCAGAACGGUUUAUUUCCCACAUCAGUAAGCUUGCUGAAAAGUGUCCCAACUCCCCUUACACAUCUGCCAGCAAACAACACAUUUAUUUUAUUUUUCUUUUUUUUUAUCCAUUGUGUAUAUUUUAAAAUUGUAUAUAGGACUACCUUUUCGAACUUUCCCACUUUUGACCUGACACCAUGGCAAACGUCUAGUGCUGGAAAAUGUGAUUUACUGUCAAAUGUACCUGACUAUAUAACUUUUCUCAUUCUGAACACCACCAACAAUAAGUAAUAAAAGAAAACAAAUCUGCAGUUAUUGGCGAAUAAACCUGCUGGGCAAUUCUAACUGUACAAGCAUGUGCAUUAGUAAGUGUGGGUGUAUAUAUAAGGAAUGAGGUGUGUUCUGUGAGUGUGAUUGUGCAAAUACAGCAACACACCUUCUGAGGAUCAGAAGGAGACAGAGGGCUCCAAGAUACUGUGGAAAAUUUAUGUCCUUUUGUAAGUGUAAGGAAGUAAAGAAAAUUACUAUUUUACUAUAACUGCAAGAAGUGAUAAAGUAGUCUAAAUAUAUGCAAAGGUACAUAUUAGGUCUGAGGACUUUGUGUCCUCAUUUGACUGCACCUCCAUUACUCAGAGGGAGCUGCAGUAUUUUCUAUAAUGAGUGGUUCUCCAUCUUCAGUGGCUUUAGACCUGCAUUAAGGGAUAUUCUUGCCACCCACAGAUGCAGAAACAAGUUGUAACACUGAUAAAUUUCAGCCAUAUAUUAAUGUUAAACCUCCAGUGAACAUGAAAUCAUGACUCGUGAGACUUUCUCACCAGUCUACUAGUAAACUAGAUGUUUCAUAUUUCAUUUCCUGCAUUCAGUGUAGUAGGUUUUGGCGGAAAGCUUGGUUUUGAUUACAGUGCUAUGCACUGAUGUAUGUGAAUGCAUGAAACUGACAGCUGUGGUGCACGCCCAAAAACACCACACCCUGAAAAACUGCCUGUGUAAUCUAGAUGACUUCUAGUUUAGCUGAUUUAGUUUUGUUUGAAGUUUUACUGCUCAUUUUAGUUCAUGCUUAUUGCUGACUUGAAAACUAAUACUUAUAUUAGUAUACCUUGAAUAGUUCUUUGCUCAACUAAGGUUGGUCUAUAUGUGUUAUAGAAAUUAACUUUGCUUGACAGUGUUUACAUGUCGAUAAGGAUACAAUAUGGUUAAGCUUUGUCUUAUAUUAACAAGCACACCAAAUAUUCCAUGUAGUGAAACAGAUGUUUGCUUAUCUGCUGCUUUUCAACUGUGUACCCAGUCUGCAGAUGAAUUUUCAGUGAACCAAAAGUGGAAAUUUCCACAUUUAUUAGGCAUGACAACUGGGAAAACUCUUAUUUGUAAUUAAUUUUGUAACAGAAUUAAGAAACAAUUGGGGCCUGUGAUGAAAUAUCUGAACUGUUUUC